CGGUAGCUAAGAAAUUUUGUUAGCUUUUUUUUUUUCAACAAUGGAUGGAGAAAAUACAAUUUUAUCUGAAUAUGUAAGGUCACUCACUGUCCGGGACCGCGAUAAUUAUUUUAAAAAGUUAACUUUAAUGGACGGAACCAGAUUGGUCGACCCCUACACACUCACUCAAUGGAUGGACGAACUGACAGGAUUACCUCCGUUUGAGUGGCCUGACAUCUACACCUACCUGAUAGAGAAACCGAGCGUGUAUAGUAAAGAGAAACUGAGGGCGUAUAAAUCCUUAGAUGCCUAUAACUACGUACUGAAUGGUCACGUACAAGACUUAAAAUACAAAGAUUUAACAGAUGAGUUUUGUGUCGUACGAUCCGAAGUUCUGCCUAGCCAGCGCCAAGGCCAGAAGACGACCAUGUACCAGGCUUGGGUCAUUGUAAACAGAAGAAACAACUACGUCUUGACCGCGAACUGCACUUGCAUGGCUGGUCUAGGGUCUUGCUGCAGCCAUGCAGCCGCAGUGCUAUUUAAGGUGGAGCUGUAUGUUAGGAUGGGGAGGACCGAGCAGCCAGCAGGCACAUCAGGAGAAUGUCUCUGGAAACAGACGAAGAGAGAGGUCAAACCAGCCAGAAUUAGGGAGAUCAACUUCCAGAGGCCUAAAAGACAGUUGACCGCAGCAGUUCCAGCCAAAGUCAGGAGGUUCAAUAGCAGUGCUAGAGGCAUGUACCAGAGUAGAUGAGGGUUUGUUGAGUUAAGAAUU